GUAGUCGGGCGUAGGGCCUCGCGUGCGGGACGGCGGGGCGGCGGCGGGGCCGUUAUUUAGGGCUGGCGGCGGGGCGCCGGGAGGCGGUGCCGCACGGCAGAAGUUCCUCAUAAACAGGAAUCUGUUUGCCAGCAGCCUUUGAGCUUCUGUGAUUGACCUGGUGUUUAGCCUUACUAGACCUAACACCUCCCUGUGGAGUCCUAGUGUAACCUAUGCUGCCUGAUUUGAAUUCUGUCCAGCAUGUUUUCUGGGUGGAGCUGGACUGUCUAUUGCUUGUAUCUGUUCUUGAAUAUUUGCUCCUUUGAAGUUUCAGGUGGACUUGUACAGUCAUGUGGUCACAUCAUUCCAGAGUCUCCAGUGUUGGCCCUGGGUUCCAAUUUCACAGCAUUGUGCAUUUUGAAUGAGAGUUGCCUUGACUUUGGCAAUAUAUAUGCUAGUCAAAUUAUAUGGAAAAUGAAAAAUAAGGUGGUACCUAAAGAACAAUACCGUGAAAUAAACAUAACUGUUUCUAGUGUCACAUUUAAUGACACUUCUUCUCUGGCUUCUCCACUGACAUGCAACGUUUUAGCAGAUGGACAGAUUGAGCAGAAUAUUUAUGGAAUUUCAGUUACAGUAGGCUUGCCCCCAGAGAAGCCUGAAAACUUAAGUUGUAUUGUAUAUCAGCUAUCAAAUCUCAGAUAUCCUAUGAACUGUACCUGGAAUCCUGGAAGGCAUACAUUUCUGGACACUCAUUUUAGAUUGAAAUACAGGUGGUCACGAGAAAGCUUUCCUGACUGCAUACCGAAAUCCGUAAAUAAUUCUUGUACCAUUUCUGAUGUUCAGUUCUUUGUUAACCUGGAGGUCUGGGUAGAAGCAGCAAAUGCUCUUGGGAAGGCUGAAUCUGAUCGUCUUGUUUUUGACCCUAUUGAGAUUGUCAAACCACUGCCUCCGCACAACCUAUCAGUCAAUUCAGGAAUACUGCCUACUGUUCUGAAGCUUUCCUGGGAGAACCGGAUUUCAGCAGCUGUGAUGAAACUGAAAUUCAAUAUUCGCUACAGGAUCAGUAGUGAUACAAACUGGAUGCAGGUUCCUCCUGAAGAUACGGCUUCACCAAGAACUUCAUUCAGCAUUCAAGGCCUCAGACCAUACACAGAGUAUGUCUUUUCAAUUCGAUGCAUGAAGGAAGAUGGAAUAGGGUUUUGGAGUGACUGGAGUGAAGAAAAGGUUGGGGUUACAACUGAAGAUAAACCAUCUAAAGGGCCAACCGUAUGGAGGACCAUUGAUGCAUCUCCCUCACCAGCUUUUUGGACUGUACGACUGAUGUGGAAGGCACUAGAGCCAUUUGAAGCCAAUGGAGUAAUCUUGCAAUAUGAAGUGACAGUCAGAGCUAAACCACCCCUCUCCCAUCCACCAUGGAAGUACAACGUUACUACCACCAGCCUUACAUUAAAGCUGCCAAAUGGAACUUACGAAGUGACUCUGAUUGCACAUAACAGAGUUGGGGCGUCCCCUCCAUCAGUUUUACUUAUUCCAUCAAGUAAUUCAAAAGCUCCUGUGAAGAAUAUUAGAACACUACCUAAAGAUGGCAAAUUGUGGGUAGGAUGGACUGCUCCUAAUAAUGUUCUUAAAUACGUAAUUGAAUGGUGUCUGAUGUCCAACAGCUCAGACUGUAUCACAGAGUGGCAGAUAGAACCAGGAAACAUUCAAGGAACAUACUUAAAAGGUGACAUUAAACCAUUCAAGUGUUACUUGAUAACUGUGUACCCUCUGUAUGCUGAUGGCCAGGGAAGUGGACAGUCUGUGAAGGCUUACCUUCAGCAGGAUCGUCCUUCAAAAGGACCAACUGUUCAGACAAAAAAAGUAGGAAAAGCUGAAGCUGUUUUGACAUGGAACCAUCUCACAGUCGAUGAGCAAAAUGGAUUCAUCAGAAGUUACACAAUACUGUACAAAACUGUCGAUGGAAAUGAAACAGCUGUGUCAGUGGAUCCAUCCAAGACAGAGUAUACCCUCUCUUCUCUAACCAGUGAUACACUGUAUACUGUGCGGAUGAUGGCAUACACAGAUGAAGGAGGCAGGAGUGGUCCUGAUUUUACUUUUACUACACAGAAAUUUGGGAGAGGAGAAAUUGAAGCCAUAGUUGUACCUGUGUGUCUAGCGUUCUUGUUGAUUGUACUCCUUGGAGUUUUAUUUUGCUUCAACAAACGUGACCUAAUUAAAAAGCAUAUUUGGCCUAACGUCCCUGAUCCAUCCAAGAGUAACAUUGCUCAGUGGUCCCCACAAGUUCCAGCUAAGCACAACUUUAGUUCUAAAGAUCAGAUGUACCCAGAAGGCAGUUUUACAGAUGUGAGCGUCGUAGAAAUAGAAGCUGAUGACAAGAAGUCUUUUUCAGAACAAGACCUAAAACCUUUCGAUUUGCUCAAAAAAGAAAAAAGUACUUCAGAAGGGCACAGCAGUGGUAUUGGAGGAUCCUCAUGCAUGUCUUCUCCUAGGCAAAGCGUCUCUGAUAGUGAUGAAGGUGAAACUACACAAAACACUUCAAGCACUGUGCAGUAUUCAACUGUAGUACUUAAUGGCUACAGAGAUCAAACACCUGUACAAGUCUUUUCAAGGUCUGAAUCUACUCAGCCUCUGCUAGAUUCAGAAGAGAGAUUAGAGGAUCAUGCUGGAGGGAGUGACGGUACAACACAAAGGCAGCAUUAUUUCAAACAAAAUUGUGGUCAGGAUGAAACCAAGAUAGACAGGCCAUUUUUUGAAAGAGCAAAGCAGAUUAUUUCUGCUAAUGAGGAGGAUCUCGCUGGAUUUGCACAACUGCAGAUCUCAGGUCAGAGUUCACAGCCCCUAGGCUUUGAGCUGGAAGAAAAUACCCAGGAAGCUGCUCUGCCAGAUGUUUUGCAGACAAGUAUUGAAGGACAAACUGUGAGAUCUGAAACAAUGGAGGGAAAUGUACCAUCAGUUGAUGAAAUGCCAAAAAGUUACCUCCCGCAGACUGUGAGACAAGGGGGUUAUAUGCCUCAGUGAGAGAAGAGACUGGCUAUAUUAGGCCUUCAUUAGUGCCUGUUCACAUUUUUUUUCCUGUGUUUCUGAUAAAUUAAGCUAGGUAUUUUUAUCUGAAUGCAGAUAGAAAUACUGAAAUUAGGUGAAGAAUAAUUUGACAAAGUACAAUAAGGACUAUGUUUCCGUGGAAAAUCUGCAGUCCAGACCUACUGGAGACUUACUUUUAUGCACUACAUGAAAUCAUAUUUGUCUGAAAAGCUGAACAAGCCUAUGUGCUACCUUGCUUUUUGUCUUGUCAUUCUAGAUUUACACAUGAUUGAAAAUAGCAAGUUUCAAUUAAUCACAUUGGCCAACAGACCUCCUAGAAGAAAUACUUUGAUUUGUGACAGUGUACAAGCCUAAAAAGCCAGCUUUGGUUGCUUGGAGCAUCUUUGUGCAAAAAUGAGACUGAAAUUCAGUAUUCUAAAGCGCAAAAAUACUGUAUCAUACACUUUUCAACAGCUUGAUUAACCUUCUGAAUUUUGACUUGGCCUAGUGUCACAGAUUCAGACUUAUCAAACUCAGUAUGCAAGUCAUGCAUCCCCAUUUAAAAACUACAUAGAAGUUAUGAUGGUGUGCAGGUAAAAAAUGUUAUGAUUGCUUGACUCUGAGUGUUCCUAUAGUCACUGAUACUCUGUCUGUAUUUAGAUAUGCUUGCACAUGAAGUAUAUAAUAAUUUGGCCUAAAAGUGUGCCUUGCUACUGGAUGCACAGCAGUUCAGUCUUUGUGUUUAAAUGUUAAAUCCAGAUGAAAACACAGAUGAGAAAUUAGUCAAAGAUAUUUGAACCCCUUCGCUUCCUGAUCAUAUUGCAUCUCUCCGGUCAUGAUAAUUGCCUUUGUAUAAUAUGUGCCCCCUUGGCAGUGUACUGCUUGAGAGGUAAAUAAUGGGCUUUCACAGUCCCUGUAACUGCUCAGGAGAAGGGGAAUAGGAUCUUCUUCCUGAUUGACUAUGAAAAUUAAUACUCCUCGACUUCCUCGAAACAGAACAUAGCAAAAAACAAAGCGCUCAAGUCAUUGAAGUGCUCAGGGGAAGGAAAAAAAAAAAAAAAAAGCAACUACCCUGAAAUUGACAGUUACUGACAAUAUGAAUCUCUUAUCCAGCAUAAUCCACAGAUAAUAUUUGUGGCUGCGAAAAUUCCUCAUGUCUCAGUUCAGCCCUGUUCAGAUAAUCUGUGUUUUAUUACAGGUACAUACAAUUGCAUUAAUAUAACCCUCUUCCCUAAUGAUGAAAUUUUACAACACUCUUGUAGAUGUUUUUGUUAACUUAGUCUAGUCAACUUUUCUAACUUGACACUAAUAACCUUCAUUCAAAACACUACAUGCUGUUCUGUGAGAAUAAAAAGAGAGUUUUAAUUCUCCUUCAGCAAAAGGGAGACCUCCAGAACUUUUCAGUGCUGUGAUACGUGGUGCUGCUGUCCUGCAGAGCACUUAUUAAAGGCCUUUGAAGAACAGAUGGAAGUAUGAUGUUCACCUCUUACGCUUUUGUUUUGAAGAAACUCAGUGCUAGUGUGAAUUCAGAAUAUUGCUAUUUGGACAACACAAAACAGAGUUCUUAAAUUUCAAUAACAUUCAACAUUCUGCAGUUCCUUUCUGCUUACAGUAUUUUUCAUGUAUGGGAACUUUUUUAAAACUAAAAUGUGAUGUUGCAGGUUACUGUAACUGUACUUUUCUUCAGAACAGAUCACCUUCCUUCCUCCCUAUGCCACCUCAGAACAUUCAGCCUCUUCCUGCAGAGUGCAAGGCAUAAUGAAAGCUAUGCUGUCAUGAGGCAGAGGAUGACAUGUAUGGUUUUUCAAAGGCUGAAGGAGCAUUCGGUUGUCAGAACACAUUCCUCUUGGAAAAUGGCAGCAGUGAGUUUGUGCAGGGAUAGGUGUGUGUUCUUCAAUCAAACUUCAUUGUGGCCGUGGUAACCAUGAGUAAAAGGGAAAGUCAGUGUGCAUGCUUACUCAAAGUGCUCUACAGCCACAUGCUGUCUAAUUCACCUUCUGCUGAUCUCCUAAAUGUUUUGGGCUCUGAUUUUUAUGGCCACAGUCUGGCUGCUUAGCUUGAACGUUGCUUUAACAAAUGUUGCUUCAAACAUGCUAUCUUUCAUCUGUGAUCCAGCAAUACUAACUUCUGGUAUCAUAUGUCAUAUCUGAGAGACCACUUCAGCUGUUCCUAAAGUUACUGUUCUCUUUCUGUCAUGUAGAGGGAAAGCAUUUUGUUCUCAGUUGCUGUUAACCACAGACCAUUUCCAAAGUAAGUUAAAUGUUGAAGUGAUUCCCUCUUUUUGGGGAGUCACUGCUAACAAGAGUUCUAGCCUGUCACUCUUAUUUCUUUGUUAUUUAUGGGUCUGUGGUAAUGAACUCACACAGUUGUACAACAGAAUAUCCUGGCAUGAGUUUUGUGUGGCAGAUUUACUUUCUGUCUUUCCAUCUCAUGCAUGCAUCUAGGAAUAAAAUUGUGAAGAUGAAGCAGGAGGUAAUUGUGGGUGAACAGCCUACAGAAGCCACAGAAAGUCUGAGUAACAGGUUUGCUUGCAACUUCAUAAACCUCUGUGCCAAAGUGCUGUAUUGUACAGUGUUUGGGUUUAACUUGGUUUUGUACUUAGUAGGCAUUACAGCAAGAGACUUGUAUCUAAGAGUUGCACGCAGGUUUUAGAGUGUUUGUAAUGCAUUUUAGCAAGCCACUGAAAUUCUCUGAAUUUGGCCUGAAAAUGAUAACUAAAGGAUAAGCUUUUUUUUUUUUUUUUUUUCCAAUAACUAUGGUGCACUUUACUAAAUAAAGGCAUUAUUAAAAUAAAAUUAUACAUUACUAUUGACACUUUAGUGCCCAUCUUGAUUACCCAGACUGGAAUUUUUCAAGUAGCGUGGGAUAAUAGGUGAGAAAAGAAUUCUGCUUCCCUUCUGCAGCAGGUAGGGUGGUGAAUAAGGAAAUGUUUCUCCUCUAUGAUCACACUUGGAGCUGCUUUUAGGCGCAGACUAACUCCUCUGUUUGUAAGAAAAGUGCUUAUGUUAUUUCUGUAGUGAUGAUCUGUGUGCUCUGUUAGAACAGGAGGUUGGUGAGGUUGAUGCUGUGGUUGUGUUGGCUUGUUUCCAUGGCACUUAGCAUGGGAAUAUCUUCUGUUGCAGUGAAAAAGUCUUGGGGUUGUGUUUCUGCUUACUGUUGAAAGCUAAACUACCUACUAAGCCUCAGGCUAAGAAGGUGAAGGACAGGAGAGCAGAAAUGUUCCUAAGUUAGUUUAGGAUUGUCUGUGUUAGGCAUGUGCGGAUCGGUGUGACAGCAGCCCAGCAAAGUGAUAAUUUAUCCAGAUUCGCAAAAACUUUGGCCGUAUCAUUGGGGCACAGGGCCAAGUGCCCCCGUAGCUGCCCCUUGCUCACAAGGGCUUCUGGUUCUCAGCACUGGGAGCCCCUCUUCCUGCCCCAGGGUUUGGCAGCUUAGGCUUUGAUCGUAAAUUGUAAGCACCACCAGAUAGCUAAAACCUACGUGAGCACACUGAGGGAGUACGGGAGUCGUGCUGCUUUAACUUAGGUAACAUAUCUAAUUAAUGCCAGGUCUUAAAUACCUAAGACCCACGUCAGUAUAUGCUGCUAUCCUAUUGACUUCACAAUAGGAUCUAGAAAUUCAGAGCAACUCAGAACUGGUAUAGUCAGCCCCUCCAGGAUGUGUAUGCAUUCAGUUGUGAUUUAUAUGCAUUAAAAGGGACUAAAUAGACCAGUUUGUCUUCUGUGAGAUGGUUGUUGUGACUGAGACUAAGAGCUACUUAGGUACAUUCCUUGAAGUGCAUUAAAAAGUUCCACUGAUGGCUGGAUCCUAAAAAUUCCCUGCUUCCUUAUAAACACUGAUCUCUUGGCUAGGAUGGAUAGGUACAGGCAUUUUAUAUUCCUGUAUCUGCCUUUAAUGUUAUUUGGAAGCAGUUUAUAAUAGCAGAAUUAUCUUGGCAUCUGUGGUGGAGCAGCCCGUUGGUGACCACCGCCCUCAGCAUUGCAGGGAGCCUGGUGCAGGAGUCUGGAGAAUGGCAGAAUCACAUACCCUGCAGCUGAUUCAUCAACUCCUGUUUCUGUUCCCUAAAAGUGAAAGGAUUAGUUAAAAUGAAGCUAGAAGCGUAUAUCUGCUUUCUCUGUUGUUCCCUUCAUAGCACUUGUGCAAUCUGAGCCAUUCAUAAGACAGAGCAGUGCUGACUCUAUGUGCAAGGAUGCACAUCAAGGCCACAAGACUUGUUGCAGACUACUCUAAUGACUACGGCCAGAGCGCAGUGGAGUGGGCAGUGAAUAACUGAUGGUGCACAGCACGGGGCAGGAUGUGUGCGUGCAGGGACAGCUUGGUGGUGGACGCAGGCUGUGAUGACAUGGUUGUGCUGCAAGAGCACGCCUUGGAGAUCAGUGAGAAAUGAGUGCGUGGCACUGCUGGCAGUGGCUGGCUACAGUGCAGCUUCCUCCUGCCCUGACCUGCACCGACUGCACUGCGCCUCUGGAACUGCCAACUGUGGAACCGCUCACAGCAGCCACUCUUCACAGCAAAGCACAUUCGUUCAUGGAUCCGCUUGGCUCACCGUGGCCUUUUUAACGGACUGGACUCGUUCGAUGUCGCGCAGUGGUGGGCAGUCUGCUCCCCACGUGCUUUUCGUGGGGCAAAUGGGUAAGGGUGUACUUGUACUAUGUCACCAUGUACAUCUCGGUAAGCGUAGUCGUAAGACAUGGGGAUAUUUAACAAGGAAAGUGCCUUGAUGCUGAACACUUAGUGAAUGUAAUGUUAAAUAGAUUUUAUUAUGUACCAUAUGGGGUUACGGCUGCCUGAGCUACUGCUGAUGUGUAACCUCUGCCAGCUUUGAGCGCAUGCUGUGGCAGCCGGCUGAGCUGUGGGUGCACGCGCUGUCUAUACGGAAGUGUUUUCACAGCAUACGCGACCUUACUUCUUUUGCAAGCUGCAUGUUUAUUGUCAUAUUGUCAUAGACUGCUUUCUACAAUUUACUUUUUACUGUAACGUUUGAAUGUCUUUGUUACCCAGUUGAGCCUGAACGUUGCAUUUGUCUACUACAUAAUAUUAAAAAAAAAAA